GCGCGGCAUAAAACCAAACGCUUCUAACUUCCAACCAACUUUCUCAGUCUCUCUCCCAUCUCUCUGCAAACUUCGGCAUUUCAAUGGCGGCCUUAACCCGCCUAUCAAAGCCCUCGUUCACAUCACUUUCCUCCGUCUCACGCAUAAGCCGGUGCUUGUACUCGGGCAUAGCACCGGAGCCCAGCUCUCAUGGCGCUUCGCCAUAUAGCCCACGAUUGGGGCCCAAGCCCAACCUCUCGGUCAAGGACCCCAAGGAUCGAAACAUACAGUGGGUCUUCUUGGGCUCACCGGGCGUGGGCAAAGGCACGUACGCCAGCCGCCUGUCUAAUCUCCUCGGCGUUCCUCACAUCGCCACUGGAGAUCUCGUCCGCGAAGAGCUCGCAGCCUCUGGGCCUCUCUCUAAAGAGUUAUCGGAGAUUGUGAACCAGGGGAAGUUGGUUUCUGAUGAGAUUAUAAUAAGCUUGUUGUCGAAGAGAUUGGAGGCUGGGGGAGCUAAAGGGGAACUGGGUUUUAUUCUUGAUGGGUUUCCUCGAACCAUAAGACAAGCGGAAAUAUUGGAAGGGGUUACAGAGAUUGACCUGGUGCUCAAUCUGAAGCUCCGGGAAGAUGUGUUGGUUGAGAAAUGCCUUGGGAGGAGAAUGUGUAGUCAGUGUGGGGGAAAUUUCAAUGUGGCCUCCAUUAAUGUUAAGGACUCGAAUGGGAGUCCUGCAAUUAGCAUGGCUCCGCUUCUUCCACCUCCACAUUGUAUGUCAAAGCUUGUUACUCGAGCCGAUGAUACUGAAGAAGUAGUUAAACAUCGGAUUCAUGUAUACAAUGAGAAGAGUCGGCCUGUAGAAGAAUUCUACCGUAGUCGAGGAAAACUGUUGGAGUUUGAUUUGCCAGGAGGGAUCCCAGAGUCUUGGCCAAAGUUGCUUGAAGUUCUUAAUCUUGAUGAAUACAAGGAGAAGCAGUCUGCUGCAGCAUGAUUUGUUGCAUUGCUCCUUUAAAGGUGAAUAUGUGAUUCUCUAGACGCGUAAGGUGCGAGCUAGGGUCUAUGGACACUUUCAAUUUUUUGGUCUGUUGUUUUCUCGUGGAGAGAAUUCAGUUAUAUUGCAUUUGAAGAGAGUCGUUCCACUAGUAUUGUUUGGUUUAGGGAUGAUUUAUUUACUAACAAUUUUGUGGCAGCAAUAAGCUUCAGGAGAAGAGGCUAGAUAAUGAUACUGUAUUGUAUUGUUGUAACUUAUGAUUGAUUAAUAUAGCAAAUUGCGUCUUGUGGGGCACAAUAAAUGAGGGAAUUUUUUUAUGGCCCUCAACUUAAACUUGUUCCUAUUAUUUCUUUUCAUGUUUGCCCCCUGCGACUUUAUAAAUUUAUUUCAGAUGAGUUUGGUAUAAGAUGAGGCAAUCAUGCUAAGAUAUGUUAUGAAUAUGAUACAGGUCCAUUAUGGCAGGGUCUUUGGUUGUUAUAUAGUUUUGUUCUUCUACCUAUUCUUUUCCAGAUCCCUCGUGCAGCUGGCCGAGUUGAUUGGCUCAAGUACUGCCAAUCAGCAAGUUAUCAGCUGCAGAUAUUGAAUUUCAGCACAAUACCAGCUCUUGACUGCAGAAGUUUGAGCGGUGCAAGAUAGAAUGUGCUGUACAUUGUACCAAAGUAGUUCCUUUUAAACUUGAUGCGCAAUUAGGUUAUAGUGAUUUUGUUGUAAAUCAAUGUGGUUUCAUGAUUGUGCGUGCGUUCCCCCGUGUGUUUUGAACGGUACAGUCGUUUGGUGAUACUUUGUCGCUUUCACCGACAGCAGAAACCUUGAAAGAAAGAAAGAAGAAGAAAAAUUGUAGAGAAGAUUCAUGUUUAA